ACUCUGGUCCGUGUAGCCGUGCAUUGGGGUGAAGCCGCAUAAAAGCGAUCCCAUCAUGCAGGCGUGAGGUGUUCCGUGUAGCAAACGGAGGGGACCGCGCAGUGUUACCGGGGGAACCUGUGUGACAGGCAGCGGCCACGAUAAAAAAUGUCGAACCGAAAGCACCGGGACAACCAAGAGAUCUGCGCCCGCAAGGUCCGGGAGCUGGCCCAGUCCGGAGUAAACAAACAUUGCUUCGAGUGCAACCAGCCCGGGGUGACUUACACCGACAUCACGGUGGGCAGCUUCGUCUGCACGUCGUGCUCCGGAAUGCUGAGAGGCCUCAACCCUCCCCACAGAGUCAAGUCUAUCUCCAUGACAACUUUCUCUCAACAGGAAGUAGAAUUCCUCCAAAACCAUGGCAAUGAGGUGGGGAGAAGGACGUGGCUGUGUGUGUUUGACCCAAAGACUGACGGCUGCUCCGACAUGAAGGACUCUCAGAAGUUCAAAGAGUUCCUUCAGGAUAAAUACGAGAAGAAAAAAUGGCAUUUUUCCAAAAGUAAGAACCGGAGAGACGUGGAGGGUCCCUGGAGUCCAGGGGUCCAGGCGAUGCCCCCUUCUCACGGUCCCUUAGCGAGCCAGGGCCCAGCCCAUAACAUGCCCCUGAAUGCCAGAGCCACGAGACCACUGUCUCAGUCCCAGCUGCCGUCUUGGGACCGAGCCCCCGCCGUCUCUCCCGCCGACAUGCGGACGGACGUGUUCACGGCUCGGCCGUCGCGCUCCCAAAGCUUUAGAGACCCCCCUCUGAAAGACCCCACCCUGUGUGGGAUAGAAAGACAGCGACCGGGCUCUCUGUCGUCAGCACUGGGAGGUCAGGGUCACGGCCCCUCGUUCCCCGCCCUUCCACGGCCCUCAGCCAGUAGCUCGUUCAAAAACCACUUCACAUUAGGUCGUACGGUGUCGGCCUCGGGGGCUACGGGCCCCUUCAGGGCCUUCCCGAAGUCUCUGAGCGUGGACUUCGGAGGUCUGAACCACCCCCAAUCACAGCCUCUGCCCCAGUCUCUGUCUCAGCCUCAGCAGCAGCAGCCUGCCGGUGUAGGUCAGACGACUCCACCGGUCAGCAGCUCCAGCGCCCAGGACAAGUACGCUGCUGUGUCACAGCUGGACAGCGUCUUCUCUGAUACAUCAUCGGCCACCGCUCCACCCAGUGGCCCUCCGCAGUACAGCGCCAUCUUCGGCAGCAGGCUCUCAUCCAGCUCCACUCCUGCCAGCUCCCCCGGUGUCGAUACCGCUUCCAGCUCCCAAAAUUUUGCAAAUUUCCCCAACCCAUUCAGCUCCAGCUCCAGCUCCAGCUCCGCUUCCCAGCAGCCCGUCGCCCUCUCCCCCAGUAACCCCUUCAGUAAUGCCUCAGGAGGUGACUCCGGUGCGUUCGUCACCUCGCCCACCUCCGUUUUUCCUCCGUCUACCACUUUCCCAGCGGCUGCUACCCAGAAUGCAUUUCCUCAUGAGUCAGCCACCAAUCAGGAAGCCAACGGUUUUGCCUCCUUCCCCACGCCUGACGCUUACUCCAAAGUCCCUCGGCCCAUGUCGGUGAACCCUUUCACGGGGAAUGUUUACCCCAGUCGGGGGACAUCAAAAAAUCCUUUCAUCUGACCCCCUUUCCCUCCCUCUCUGGGAACCGAGGGAGGAGUGAAUUUGAGGAGUUGCUGCCAUUUCAAUGCCUCUGGAGUAUUUUCACCUUUUCAAUGGAGGGUCGUGCAUCCAGGCUGGCCCUCCCUCCCCGAUCUGUCUUUGUUUACGUGUUUUGUGGAGGAGAAAAAAAAAAAAAAAGCGUGAAUGCAGUUAAUGAAAUUCAUGUUUGUAUGUGUGAGAGUUUUGGCCUGCUGUGUUUGUACCACGUGACAUACGUCAAAAGGUGUUUGUGUGCCAGUAGACGCCACCUCAGGGCUCUGUGGGAGUCACGACGCCUCUGAUUUAAAAAAAUUUUUUUUUUUUUUUUUUUUUGCUGAAAUGCACUCGCAUAUAUUACACACACACGUGUUGCUGCUGCUAUUUGCUUUCAUCUCCUUGCUUAGAAGUGCAAAAAAAAAAGAAAAAACACCCCCUCGAUACGUCAGUGCUGUCUUCUGCUUUAAAACUUUGGGGUCUCAGUGGAGCCAGCUGAGACUCUGACCCCGCAUCACGAGUUUCUAUAGAUGGUUUUAACAGCCUUAACAGCCUCCUGAUGCAUGUGAAUUAGUGUUGAAAGAUAAGACAGGUUUGUCUCUGUGGUGUGUGUGUGCGCGUGCGUGCGUGCGUGUGUGUGUGUGCGUGCGUGCGUGUGUAACUUGUUUGUAUUCAUCAUUGUUCCU